GCUGAAUCCAUCUUGUCAAACACAUAAUCUACUCUACCAAGGAGUUUCGCCCACUUUUCACGGUGACCAUAUCCUUUUAACAACGGACUGAUCUCAACAGCUCUUGGUUCAAGCUUUCCCCCACCUAUUUCGUUCAUUGUCUGAGCACCUCGACCUCUACCCCACUCCUCAAAAUGGCUGACGGUCUUGGGGCUCUUGCGCAGCUCCUUGAGGCAAGUUUGGACCCCAGGCAAAACAAGCAAGCCGAACUUGCUCUCCGCCAGGAGGAGAAAAAGCCGGGCUACUCUUUGCAGCUUCUUCAAAUCACUGCCUCCGCUACUUACCCUUAUACCACCCGUCUGGCUAGUGCGCUUUGCUUCAAGAACUUCAUCAAGAGGAACUGGACCGACGAAGAUGGAAAUUACAAGCUCCAAGAGGACGAGGUCGCCACAAUCAAGCGGGAGCUGAUCAGCUUGAUGAUCUCCGUGCCUGCAAACAUCCAAAGCCAGCUCGGUGAAGCUGUCAGCGUAAUUGCUGAUAGUGACUUCUGGCAGAGAUGGGAUACCCUAGUGGAUGAUCUCGUUUCCAGGCUCCAACCUAUCAACCCCACGGUCAACAACGGCGUCCUACAAGUUGCGCACUCCAUCUUCAAGAGAUGGAGACCCUUGUUCCGGUCGGAUGAGCUUUACAGUGAAAUCAACCAUGUCCUCGAGAGAUUUGGCAGUCCUUUCUUGGCGUUAUUCGAGGGAUUGGACACCUUCCUUGAACAAAACAAAGCCAACAAAGAAAACCUCAUUCAAGGUUUUACUCAGCUCAACUUGAUGGUCAAGUUGAUGUACGACCUCUCUUGCCACGAUCUUCCACCCAUGUUCGAAGAAAAUAUUUCAGGGAUAGCUUCGCUCUUGCUCAAGUACCUCACGUACGAUAACCAACUGCUGCACACUGAUGAUGACACCGAAGCCGGACCUUUGGAGUUCGCUCGCGCCGGAAUUUUCGAAGUCUUGACUCUUUAUGUUCAGAAAUAUAUGGAUGAGUUCAAGCCUCAUGUCGGCCAAUUUGUUGAGAGCUCCUGGAACUUCCUGACCACGGUCGGACAAGAAACCAAGUACGACAUUCUGGUCAGCCGAGCUCUGCAGUUCUUGACUUCCAUUGCUGGCAUGUCUGAGCAUGCAGUUGUGUUCCAAGCCGAAGGCACACUUAGCCAGAUAAUUGAAAAGGUCAUUCUGCCCAAUGUUAGCUUGCGUGAGUCCGACGAAGAGCUUUUCGAGGAUGAGCCGAUUGAAUUCAUCCGCCGCGACCUGGAGGGUUCCGACAGCGACACCAGACGCCGUGCUGCUACUGACUUCUUGAGACGUCUUGCUGAGAGAUUUGAAGAGUCCGUCACUACUGUGGUCCUUAAGUACACAGAGCACUAUCUUGCGGAGUAUGCCAAAGAUCCUGCUUCAAAUUGGAAGGCCAAGGAUACUGCCACUUAUCUCUACUCCGCUGUGGCGGCCAAGGGAGUUGCGACUGCCAGUCACGGUGUCACCGCUACGAAUUCGCUCAUUAGCAUUACCGAUUAUUUCCAGAAGCAUCUUGCUGCCGACCUCGUCAACAGUGAGGGAGUACACCCCAUUCUCAAGGUCGACGCCAUCAAGUAUCUGUACCUCUUCCGGAGUAUCAUCACCAAGGAACAGUGGCAAGAAGUACUUCCCAUGCUUGUCAACCAGCUUGGUUCUUCGAACUUUGUCGUGUAUAGCUAUGCAGCAAUUGCUGUUGAGCGAGUGCUAUACCUUGCGGAUAGCCAGGGCCAACCGAUUAUUGCUCCUGCUACUAUCACGCCCUUGGCCAAGGAUCUUCUAGAACACAUCUUCUCUUUGAUCGAAAAGGACCCUGCCCCUGAGAAGGUCCAGGAGAAUGAGUUCUUGAUGAGAUGUGCCAUGAGAGUUCUUAUUGUCAUCAAGGAGGGUGUUGUCCCCCACACUGACAUGGUCCUUCAGCACCUGAUCAACAUCACAACCGUGAUCAGCCGCAACCCUAGCAACCCCAGGUUCUAUUACUUCCAUUUCGAAGCUUUGGGUGCCUUUAUACGUUUUGCCGCCCCUGCCAAUCCGGAGAAACUUGAGCAAGCCCUCUACACGCCUUUCGCCGAAAUCCUACAAGGCGACGUUCAAGAGUUUAUGCCUUACAUUUUCCAGCUUUUUGCUGCUCUGCUUGAAGCCAAUCCUUCCGGAACCCUGCCGAACUAUUACCAAAAUCUGAUUGCGCCAAUCCUGAUGCCUGUCAUGUGGGAGUCGAAGGGUAACAUCCCGGCGCUUGUGCGGUUGCUAUCCAGCAUCAUUCCUCGCGGUGCUCAGUACAUCAUGCAAAAUGACCAGGUUGCACCUAUCCUCGGUAUUUUUCAGAAGUUGCUCUCGACCAAGACCAAUGAAGGUUAUGGUUUCGAUCUGUUGGAGGCCGUCAUUACAGGAUUCCCUCCUGCAACACUUGAGCAGUAUUUCGUCUCUAUCAUGCAGGUCAUCCUUACACGUCUCCAAAAUUCGAAGACUGAAACUCUCACUAUUCGAUUUGUUCGUUUCUUCCAUUUUGUAUCCGCUCAGGACGAGAGGGGUUACAGCGCCGACUUCUUCAUUCAAGUGGUAGACAAGGUACAACCAGACCUGUUCACACCCAUUUACUUGAACAUUAUCCUCCCAGAGACGCAAAAGCUGGCCCGCCCAUUGGAUCGCAAGACCGCUGUACUAUCAUUCACCAAGACCCUGGCUAACUCGGAGGCAUUUGCCAACCGCUACAAGAAGGGGUGGGCUUUCACCUGCGAAGCUCUGCUCAAGCUUCUGGAGCUUCCUCCUCUUCCUGCAAGCAAGGACGAUAUCAUUGCUGAGCACGACGUCGAGGAUAUGGCAUUUGGUGUCGGCUUUACCGCAUUGAACAGCAUCCGGCCUGUGCCCCGUGACCCUUGGCCCGAGACUGGUGCCGAUCUCAAGGCUUGGACCGGAAAGUAUUUAAAGGAAGCAGAUGCCAAGUACAGUGGCCGGAUAUCUGGCUUUGUUCAAGAGCGUCUUGGAGAGGAUGCCAAGCGCGUGCUCACCAGCUACAUUGCAUAAGCAAGUCGUGGACUUGGUUUAGCAUCCUAAGUCUAGGCACUUUGCUGGCGUCUCUAUAAGCUUUAUAUUUUUUCUUAUUUGCAUAUUCCCCUAAAAUAAACCACGGAGAGGAAAUGAUAUGUGGGUGCGGCUGCAUCCCUGUAUGUCCUGAUGAACUAUAGAUGAAGAAUUCAACCUGCUUAAUAACUUGAUGUACUUAC